AAGAGUACAGAAUUUGUUACACGUGAUAGCAAACGCAUCGAGUACACUGUGUUUGGUUUGAUUCAAUUUUAAGUCUUUAUUACUGAAUCAAGAUGGCAGCAGCGCAAUUUUUUACCAACAUUGGAAAACUUGGCAUUGGUCUGGCAAUUGCUGGAGGAGUUGUGAACACAGCAUUAUAUAAUGUGGAUGGAGGACAUAGAGCUGUAAUAUUUGAUCGUUUUACUGGAAUAAAACAACGUGUUGUCGGUGAAGGAACUCAUUUUCUAAUUCCCUGGGUGCAGAAACCAAUUAUAUAUGACAUUCGUUCAAGACCUAGAAAUAUUCCUGUUAUUACUGGAAGUAAAGAUUUACAAAAUGUUAAUAUCACCCUGAGAAUAUUGUUUAGACCUGUCGCGGAUCAGUUGCCAAAAUUAUUUACAACAUUGGGAAUCGAUUAUGAUGAAAGAGUUCUGCCAUCUAUUACUAAUGAAGUCCUGAAAGCUGUAGUAGCACAAUUUGAUGCUAGCGAAUUAAUUACUCAACGAGAAGUGGUAUCGCAAAAAGUGUCAGAAGAAUUAACCGAUAGAGCAUCUCAGUUUGGUUUAAUAUUAGAUGACAUUUCAAUUACACAUUUGACUUUUGGAAAGGAGUUUACUCUGGCUGUAGAAAUGAAACAGGUAGCACAGCAGGAAGCAGAAAAAGCAAGAUUUCUUGUAGAGAAAGCAGAGCAACACAAACAAGCCACAGUAAUAUCAGCAGAAGGUGAUUCACAAGCUGCAUCCCUGUUGGCAAAGGCAUUUGGAGAUGCCGGAGAAGCCUUGGUGGAAUUGAGACGUCUAGAAGCAGCUGAAGACAUUGCCUACCAGUUGUCACGAUCUCGAAAUGUCAUUUACUUACCGCAAGGACAGACUACCUUACUUAACUUACCUCAAUAGUUCUUAAAUUUUGAAUUAAAAUGAAAUUAAUUUUUGCCUAUUUGUUGAGCUAAAUAACAAAAUCUAUUGUUGCAUAGCUUGAAAAGUCAAAGAUCAAAUCUCCAUUAUUUUACUUAAAGUAUCAGUUUGAGAAAAGAACAUUCUUAUUGAGGCAUAAACAAGAAUUUAAUUAGAUUAUAAAUUCAUAAAUUUGUAGCAUUGAAUGAAAGAAACAGAUUAAAUUCAAUAUUGAACAUACAAACAUAAUUCUUAAAAUCUAAUACUUGUUUUUGAAUUUAACAUUUUUUCGAGACAAUGCCUUUUGACUAAUAAAAAAACAAUAAAAAUAUUAUAAUUACACAUAGCUUAUGACAUUUACUCAAAUAAAUAUUGACAAUUUGUUUUUCAAUAUCUAUAUUUUAAUUAUUUUAUUAACUGAUUCAUUUUGAAAAGGUAAUUUUGUACAGUAUAUACUGUUUCUAUAAACCAGAUCAAACUUCUAAGUUUGUAUAUACAGUAUGUAGACUACACUUAUACAGGCAGUCACAAACUUUUGGGCAUAAUACAUUACUAAAUAUAUGUACAAAAGAGUUGCUGUUAAAUAAAUAAAUAAUUUUUAUGAAUGGUGUUGCUAUUACUGAAACAAAAACCAAUGGAAAGUGUCAUCGAUACUAGCAUGAUGUAUAUUUAUCAGCCAGAAAUGUACAAAAGGACUGCCUAAACUGAAAAGCUCAAACUUACACUUAUUAUUGUGUGUUUUAGUAUUGUCCAUGAGAUAUAUAAAGUUUAGCUUAUUAGUAUAGGCAAUGUCUAUGCUGAAACUAAAGAGUCAUGUGAAUCUUAUUGAUGAUACAAAUAUUUUAAUACAUGAAGAAAGUAUAAUGCAAUUAUAGUCAUCAACUAGAAACAAAAUCAAUUUUGAAAUAAUAAGGAAGUAAAUGUGGGUGGUAAGUCUCAAA